AUGGUGAGAACUCGUGGUGCCUCCUCCAAGAAGAUCCCUGUUUCUCAAUCCCGAAAGGUGCCAUCUCCUUCGCCUCCUCCGUCUGUGUCAACGGCGCCUCUUUCUGUUCCAACAGCUCCCACAUCUGUUGGAAAGUCCUGCAAAUCCAAGGCUCGCAAGAAGGUGUUUUCGCUCUCUCAUGAACAUCCUAUGGUGUUUCCAGAUAUCUCUGCUGACAUUGUUGCACCACCAUCUGAAGUGGUGGUGCCCUCUCAAGCCAAGGACCAUUCUCCUCUUCCGUUUGAUUCGUCUUUGGAGGCUAGGGCAAAAUCGAAAUCUGUUUCCUCCUCUUCCAAAGCUGCUGCUGCUGGGUUGCUCAAAUUGCCCUUGAAGCCGAGUCAGUCCAAGAAAAAUUCUGUGACUCCCAAAAGGAAAUUGGGGUUGGACGCGUCUCUUUCUCCUUUGUCUGCUGCCAAGAAAAAAUUGAAGGCUCAUCCCCCUUCAUUGUCCUCCUCCGAAUCUGAUCCUGAGGAAGAUAAGUCCGAAUCUGAAGCAACUCAUGAUACCACAUUGUCUGAUGAAACGGUUCCUGACAUUGCCGAAUCAGAGGCUGAGUCUGAUGAGCCAGAAAAAGAAGACACUAUCCCCUCUGAACAGGAAGCCGAAUCUGACUCAGACCACAUUGCAUCUCCUUUGCCAUCCAAAGCUAAAGGGAAGAAACCUAUUUCUGGUUCUACACCUUCACCAAAACAUUCAGGUGUAAAUUUCAAACCUUAUUCUUCCAUUUUUUGCUAUAAUGAUAAUGUACGUGAUAUGGUUCUAUAUGCUCAAAGGAAAUUUAUCAUUGAAAGAAAUUAUGUCUUGAGUGAUCAUCGUCCUUUUGGUGUGCUAACAAUGCUUCAAGAUCGACAAUGGACAGGUUCUUUGGUUAAAUUUUCUGGUUUUGUGGAUAGAAUAGUCAAGGAAUUCUAUGCCAAUAUUACUAAUGAAAUUAUUGAACCUUCAUCUCCUCUGUAUAAUAAAGUGUUUGUUAGGGGCCAUUGGUUCUCUUUUUCUCCUCAAGACAUUGCUCUUGCUUUGCACCUUCCCCUUACUGUCGAGGAUGAUGUUGAUGGUGCUUCUCUUGACAAGGACAUGGUUAUCACUGAGUUGUUUGCAACAACAAAUUGGAAGCCCACUUCUCACACGGCCACUAUCUCUUUUGAUAUGGCAUCAUUUUUGUACAAGGUGGGGACCGGUCUUGGUAUAAAUUUGGCUUCGGUUAUUCAUGAUCAAAUCAUUGGGUUUCGCAAAGGUAACAGGAAAAACUUGAAUCUUCCUUUUCCUCAUGUUAUUUAUCAAGUGUUGAGUAUGCAGAAAAACGAUCUCCAACGUGCUCAAGAAGACUUGGUGGCACCCACUACUGCUGCUUCCUACAAGGCCUCUGCCCCUCCUACUGAAGCCACUGCUGCUCCGUCCUCAAAGAAAGUCAAGCCCCAAUCUCUGAAGAUUGCCUCGGAUGACAUUCCUCAUGCCUCCUCCUCUGUUGCCACAGAUUCAGGACUUGUUGCAACAGAAAUAGCUGCUGUUCGAGCCUCUGUUGAUUCUUUGACUGCUCGCGUGAUGUCAAUUGAAGGACUGCAACGUUCUGUGUUGGAGGCUAUUCAAUCUCUGUCCAAUGAUCCAGUUGUUUAG